CCCAGCCCAGCUCGCGCUCUUCAGGAAGGGUCAGAGCAAGGAGAGGAGAAGGGAUUUAAGCCAGCCCAGGCUUUGUAAAGCUUGGGACUCGAGCAGCCAGCCCUAAACAUCAGCCCUUCUCUGUGGCUUCUUGUUUAGUGAGUAGUUAUCUGCCAUUAAAAGUGAAGAUUGAGGAUCCAGAACGUGGCAUCUGCAUGGGCAGCGUGCGGAGGACAAGGCCCUUUAUCAGUGCCUAAUUGAUUUUGAGGCUUCGGUUGUGCCUGGCUUUUGGGACUUUUCCUAUCCUGACGAUGUGGGGGAAAUUAAUGCAGCACGGCUGCUUAUCCAAGUUAAAUGGGGCCGCAGGGCUGUGUUCCCAUACAGUCAGAGGGCACGACACAGCGUUCAUGCUGCUUCAUCCUUCCCUGCUGGCAGCAGGGAAUUCCCCUCGGAGCCUGCCAGUGCGGAAUGAAAGCAGCCGGUGUCGUUUUGACUCGGCAGCAGAGUGUUUGGCUUGCGGGGCAGUGGUGCUUUUGACUGGGCACCAGGAACCCAGCAGCCCAAUUUGUCACGUCGUUGCAGCCCGAUGAAUAGGCGGAGGGACUUUUCCCCGCUGAGGAUCUGGGGCGGAGCGAGCAGGGUUUCUCCUGUGUCAGCUGGGAGAUUACUAGAUCUGUUCUGCCCAGGAUCUCGAAAUAGUAUGAGGCUAAAACGGGGAUUUUCAUGGUGUGAGCUCCUGCUGUUCCUGCUUCCUGGGGUGACAGUGAACCCAAGGACAAGGAUCUGAAGGUCUUUUCUUCUCCACAGAGCACCUUGAGUGAUGCCCAAGAAGUUCCAAGGUGAAAAUACCAAGUCGGCUGCUGCCCGCGCAAGGAAAGCUGAGGCAAAGGCAGCAGCCGAUGCCAAACGGCAGCAGGAGCUGGAAGAUGCCUACUGGAAGGAUGAAGACAAACACGUGAUGAGAAAGGAGCAAAGGAAGGAAGAGAAGGAGAAGCGGCGGCUGGAGCAGCUGGAGCGCAAGAAGGAGCUGCAGCGCCUGCUGGAGGAGGAAGACUCGAAGCUGAAAGGGAAGUCGCCCAAGCAGGUCACUCCGGGCAAAGUCACCAGGGCCCAGAUCGAGGAGACGAUCAGGAAAGACCAGCAGCAGAAGGAGAACGCAGAUACAGUGGAGAAGGAGAAGACUCACUUGGAGGUCCCCUUGGAAGAGAACAUCAACAGAAGGGUACUGGAGGAAGGAUCGGUGGAGGCCAGGACGAUUGAAGAUGCCAUUGCUGUCCUCAGCGUUGCCAAUGAUCUGGACCGGCACCCCGAGCGCCGGAUGAAAGCUGCCUUCACAGCUUUUGAAGAGGUCAAUCUGCCACGCCUGAAGCAAGAGAACCCCAACAUGCGCCUGUCCCAGCUCAAGCAGCUCCUCAAGAAGGAGUGGAUGAAGUCUCCAGAAAACCCCAUGAACCAGAGGCACAAAGCUUACAACAGCCAAAAGUAGAACUAGAGCUGGUCGUCCCCCACGGACAGUGGGCUGGAGCCCCAGGGCUCCGCUCGGAUGAAAACAGGAGACACGAGGAACCUCCUCUCCUUUUGUUUCCCUCCCUUGCCCCCCACUUUCCGUCUCUCUCUGUUCUUGGAUUGAAGAGAAGCACGAGGCCGCGGCUCGCCUCGGGGCCCUGCAGCCUCCUGCCGCCUUCACCGGUGGCCUUGUCCCCCCCACGUCCUCACCCCUCCGCGGGCAGCUGGUGCAGAGCGACCUGGACGGACUAACACUACCUUCACACUUCCACACUCGGUUGUUGUCUUACAAAAUCAGCCACUAACUCGCUUCCAGACCUUCAGCAUGGGCAGCGCUUGCGAGGUGCAGCCGCGCCUGUCGAGGUAGGGACCCCCGCUGCUGGCUACACCGUGUGUUCACCCCCUCCCAGCCUGGGCCUGAGCCAAACCGCAGUCAUCCCUGUCUCUGCCGUGGCUGCGCCGUGCCCUCGUGCUCCGCGGGGUGAAGUUUUGCAGCCGUUCACGAGGAAGGCACGUGGCCUCUGUUGCUUGUGUCAUCCUCGCUGCUGGGAUAUCCCUGAAGAGAUUCCCGACUGGGAUCGCUCUUGGCCCUGCCUGCUGCCGGCCGCCCCUCUCUUGAUCUUGCCUGGCCGUGCGUUAGGUGGGGAGGAGGAACCACAGCGGGGGCAGAAGCUCUGUCGGUGCGGCGUUGUGAGGAAGAGAGAAAAUAACCUUCCAUCGUCAAAGGUUGAACGGGGGACACAACGCAGCCUGGCGUGGUUCCUGCCCUGUCUGCGCGGGACGCUGGGACCAGACUUCUCUGCGUGACUUUCCCGGUGGCCUUGCCCAGAGGCCUCCCACGCUGCUGGUGGGACAGGAGGGUUCCUGGAGGGGCUGCACCCCCGUGCCUCUCACGAGCUGCCACCAGAAGGGAAGCUGCUGCU